UUGGGACUGUCACGCAUGCGCACCUCCUCCUCAACCGUACGAUAUAAUAAGUGCGCUCUGCACCGUCAAACGUGGUUCAGUCUACAGUAUCUGAACCGGACCGAGGGGGAAGAGGAAGACGGAGAGGGAGAGAUGGAUGACAAAAAGAAAAGGAAGAAGGAUGAAAACGCCAAAAGUGAUGACAAAGUCACGCUGAAGAAGGAAAUCGGACUCCUAAGCGCCUGCGCUAUUAUCAUCGGGAACAUCAUUGGCUCGGGGAUCUUCAUCUCGCCUAAAGGAGUGCUGGAGCAUGCAGGUUCGGUGGGACUGUCGCUCAUUGUCUGGGUUUGCGGAGGAGGGAUCUGCGCUCUUGGGUCGUUGUGCUACGCCGAACUCGGUGUCACAAUCCCGAAAUCUGGAGGAGACUAUUCGUAUGUGACUGAGAUCUUUGGAGGGCUUGUAGGCUUCCUGUUGUUAUGGAGCGCUGUUCUCAUCAUGUAUCCAACUACGCUGGCGGUCAUUGCCCUCACCUUUUCCAAUUACGUCUUGCAGCCAGCCUUCCAGAACUGCUUGCCUCCGUUCAUCGCCACCAGACUGCUCGCCACCAUCUGUGUCUUGUUUCUGACCUGGGUGAACUGCUCCAGUGUCCGCUGGGCGACGAGGAUCCAGGAUAUUUUCACUGUAGGAAAACUUCUGGCUCUUGUGCUCAUCAUCGUGGUUGGACUCGUCCAGAUCUUUAAAGGUCACUACGACGCCCUGGUGCCCAGCGUGGCCUUUGAAUUCAGCCAGGACCCGUCGUUUGGACAGAUAGCUCUGGCCUUCCUCCAGGCUUCCUUCGCUUACAGCGGCUGGAACUUCCUCAACUACGUUACGGAGGAAGUUGUGGAACCACGCAAGAACCUGCCGCUUGCCAUUUACAUCUCCAUCCCACUGGUGACCCUGGUGUACACCAUGACCAACAUCGCCUACUUCACCUCCAUGACUCCAGAGGAGCUGCUCACCUCCAAUGCUGUAGCAGUGACAUUUGGGGAAAAGCUGCUGGGCAUGUUUUCCUGGGUGAUGCCCAUCUCCGUGGCGCUGUCCACGUUCGGAGGCAUCAACGGCUAUUUGUUCACCUCCUCCAGAUUGUGUUUCUCUGGAGCCAGAGAGGGUCACCUGCCGUACCUGCUGGCCAUGAUCCAUCUGAAAAACUGCACACCGAUCCCCGCCCUGCUCGUCUGCUGUAUCGCCACUGUACUCAUCCUGUGUAUCGGGGAGACGCACAACCUGAUCAACUACGUGUCCUUCAUCAAUUACCUGUCCUACGGGGUGACCAUCGCCGGCCUGCUCUAUCUGCGCAAGAAGAGGCCCAACCUGGCCAGACCCAUUAAGGUGAACCUGUUGGUUCCCAUCACCUACCUGAUUUUCUGGGCCCUGUUGCUGUUCUGCAGUCUGUACUCUGAGCCGGUGGUGUGCAGCCUGGGAAUGGUCAUCAUGCUGACGGGCGUCCCCGUUUACUUUGUGGGAGUUCAUUGGAAAGAAAAGCCCAAGUGGAUUUAUAUACUGCUGGAAAGAGUGACAUACCUGGGCCAGAAGCUGUGCUACGUCGUGUUUCCACAGGAAGACUCUUCAGAGACGGAACCCCUCACUGCCAAAGCCAUCGACUGAGCAGCGACAGUUUUUUUUUUUUUUUUUUGCAUCCAAGCCUGCACUUUCAGUUUUUGGUGUUUAGGUUUUCCAAUUGUUUGCUCUGUGAGUUAUGAAGAAUCGUUGUCAUGUACUUUCUUGUACAUCUUCCCCGAAUGCAACUGGUAUGGAGAAACAUUUAAAAGAAGAAAAAAAGAAGAGAGAAACUUUUAAGACGAAUAUGCAAGCAGUUUCUGCACUUAGCCAUAUUUUUAUUGCUACUUCUUUCUUCAGCACCACUAAUCAUUCUUGAUCCUCUCUGCUCAGUCGUAGCUUCUUUUUUUUUUUUUUUUUACGAUACACCACUUAUUUCAUCCUUUUAUCUGUCGCAAAUGUUCUGAGA